AUGUCGCAGCCCAAUACGGCUGCCAUUGCGGUGGGCGCCAUCUUUGGCGGUAUCGCGCUCAUCAUUGUGUCGUACAAGGUCUACUGCAAGUUGUGGCACUGCAUGCAUCGGGCCGAGCAGCUUCCACCCAUCAGCCAGCCACCCACGGCGUACCGCGGCGGCGUGGUCGUCGCUACGCUGCCCACCAUCGCUGCACCAUCGUAUCGGCGCGAUGGAUCGAGUGAUCACCUUGCCUCGUCGAUAUCCACAUCGCCGCAGGAUGGAUUUGUUUCGACUUCGACCAGCGAGAUGCCGUCUCCCUCGAUCCGACCGUUGGACUCGGUUGUGCUCUCCACACCGGGCGGCUACGAACCGCAAUUUGGCGGUACAUCGGUGAUGUCAAGUUCGUCGUCUACAAUGACUUUGAAGCGCUCGUAUCUGCGAUCACCUUCUUCGCACUCGUUUGCGUCGUCGCGGAGAGAAUCGUACCUGCCGCAUUCGCCACGCAACCGCGACUCGAUCCAGAUUGUCCCACCGCAACCACUCGGCGGUAUGGCUGAACCGAGGGGGUUGGCAAGGGAUAGAUCGGUGGACGAGUUUACGAGCGGAUUGAUCUGGACCGAGACGGGGGAUCGACGAGCGGCACGCGCGAAUCAGAGGCAACAGUACCUCAGGUCGGGUCCUACGCGGCAGAGCGAGACACCCAGCGCUGUGGGAUCGUCUCAAAGCAGUAGUGGCUCGGCCGUGAUGGAGGCAGAGGAGCUCGGAGCUCCGGAAAUGCAGUCGGUUGGUGCUGGGAGUCUGGCACGGCCUGCGCAUUUGGUUUCGACGGCAGCGAUUGAUCCGCACCUGCUCAGGGCAGAGGACAGCCCGCUAGAACGACUGCAGAGCAACGCGGGCCAGGCAAGACCGUUGCCCACUCGGUCGUCGUCACAGAGCAACAGCAAUCGGUCCGACUCGAACGCUUCGCCCAUCUUAAGCCCUUUUGGUCAAGACAGCCCCGGCGAGUCGCAGCCAGCGACGGAGCAGGCGCACAGCAGCUCAGCCGACCAAGCGGACGAGCCAAAGUAG